CGCGCUGACGUGCGCUGACUCUCCGGAGCCCGACCCGGCCCGGGAAGAGGCGGGAAGGAGGCGGACGCGGAGCCCGGGCACGGGCCCAUCGCGCCUGGCUCUGCAGCCCGGCCCGCGGCUCGCGCUGGGGCAGGCACGGAGCAACGCGGCGGGCGCUGGCUUUCGCCGCCCCGGCCCCGGCCCUGGCCCCGGUCCCGGUCCCGGGGGCAGGCGUCCGCGAGUCUUGUUCUGUGUUCACGUCUUUCUCCUGCUGAACGCCAGAUGUGAUUGGUUCGGGGCCUGCUAGUGUAUCAGUGUCAGAAGCAAGAAACGAUUAGGGAGACAAGAUCCCAGGAGGCAUAUGAACUAAAGAGAACAUAAUACAGUGAUGGCUUGUCUUACAAUGACAGAGAUGGAAGGAACCACAACCUCCACUGUCCACCAAAAUGGCGAUGUCCUUGGGAAUGCUAAUGCACCAAAGCAGAUGGAGCCAGUGCUUCAGGUUUACCUUUAUCAUUCCCCAGGGAAGACAGAAGGAGACUAUCUACCCUUUCCAGUUGGAGACUAUAUGGCAGAAGAGAUAUGCAUUGCUGCUUGUAGGGCUUGUGGUAUCAUGCCUGUGUACCAUAAUAUGUUUGCACUGAUGAGCAAGACAGACAGAAUUUGGUAUCCUCCGAAUCACAUCUUCCAUGUAGACGAGUCGACCAGGUUCAUUCUGCUUUACCGGAUAAGGUUUUAUUUUCCUCACUGGUAUAGUAAUGGCAGUAGCAGAGCAUAUCGGUAUGGCAUUACCCGGGGUUCAGAAAGUCCUGUUCUUGAUGACCUUGUCAUGUCUUACCUGUUUGCUCAGUGGCGUGAUGAUUUUGUAGAUGGAUGGAUAAAGAUGCCUGUUACUCAUGAAACCCAGGAAGAAUGCCUUGGAAUGGCUGUUUUGGAUAUGAUGAGAGUGGCCAAAGAAAAGGACCAAACUCCUCUGGCUAUCUACAAUUCAGUCAGCUACAAAAUGUUUUUGCCUAAAUGCGUUCGAGCAAAAAUCCAGGACUAUCAUUUUUUGACACGAAAAAGAAUAAGGUACAGAUUCCGCAAAUUCAUCCAGCAGUUUGGCCAGUGUAAAGCUACUGCCAGGAAUUUGAAACUUAAAUAUCUUAUAAAUCUGGAAACCCUUCAGUCGGCCUUCUAUUCAGAGGUUUUUGAAGUGAAAGAGCCUGGCAGAGGUCCUUUGGGUGAGGAGAGAUUUGCAACCAUUGUAAUAACUGGAAACAGUGGAAUUCAGUGGUCAAGAGGAAAACUUAAAGACAGUGAGACACUGGCAGAACAGGAUUUACAGACAUACUGUGAUUUUCCGGAUAUCAUUGACAUCAGCAUUAAGCAAGCAAGCCAAGAAGGCUCCAGUGAAAGUAGAAUUGUUACCAUUCACAAGCAGGACAGCAAGAAUAUGGAGGCUGAAUUUCAGUCAUUGAAAGAAGCUCUCUCUUUUGUAUCAUUAAUUGAUGGAUAUUACAGAUUAACUGCAGAUGCUCACCAUUACCUUUGUAAAGAAGUAGCACCGCCUUCAGUGCUUGAAAAUAUUCAAAGCAACUGCCAUGGACCAAUCUCCAUGGACUUUGCAAUCAAUAAACUGAAGAAAGCGGGCAAUCAGACUGGGCUCUAUGUUCUUCGUUGCAGUCCUAAAGAUUUUAAUAAAUACUUCCUUACCUUUGCUGUAGAGCGAGACGGUGUCACUGAUUGUAAGCACUGCUUAAUUACAAAAAAUGAGAUUGGGGAGUAUAACCUAAGUGGAACGCAGAGAAGUUUCAGUAAUCUUAAGGAUCUGUUGAACUGCUAUCAGACCGAAACAGUGCGUUUAGACUCUAUCAUUUUCCAGUUUACCAGAUGCUGCCCUCCAAAACCAAAAGAUAAAUCUAAUCUUCUAGUCUUCAGGAGCAAUGGUGUCUCUGUACCUACAUCACCCACACUACAGAGACACAAUAAUGCCAACCAAAUGGUCUUUCACAAAAUCCGUAAUGAGGAUUUGAUAUUUGAAGAGAGUCUUGGGCAAGGCACUUUUACUAAGGUAUCCAAAGGUAUAAGAAAAGAAGUGGGAGAUUAUGGCCAGCUCCAUCAAACUGAAGUCCUUUUAAAAGUGCUAGAUAAGCUGCAUAGAAACUAUUCUGAGUCUUUCUUUGAGGCAGCAAGCAUGAUGAGCCAGCUUUCUUACAAGCACCUGGUACUAAAUUAUGGAGUCUGUGUCUGUGGAGAGGAGAAUAUCCUGGUACAGGAGUAUGUAAAAUUUGGAUCUUUGGACACAUAUUUGAAAAAGAACAAAAAUUCUAUUAACAUCUUGUGGAAACUGGAAGUAGCUAAACAGUUGGCAUUGGCCAUGCAUUUUCUAGAAGAUAAAGGCCUGGUUCAUGGGAAUGUAUGUGCAAAAAAUAUCUUGCUUAUCAGAGAGGAAGAUAGGAAAUCUGGAAAUCUCCCAUUUAUUAAACUUAGUGAUCCUGGCAUCAGCAUUACGGUUUUGCCAAAAGACAUUCUUCUCGAAAGAAUACCUUGGGUUCCACCAGAAUGCAUUGAGAAUCCCAAACAGCUAAGCCUGGCAACAGACAAGUGGAGUUUUGGUACCACUUUGUGGGAAAUCUGCAGUGGGGGAGACAAGCCUCUUGGUGCACUAGAUUCCCCAAGAAAACUCCAGUUUUAUGAAGAUAGGCACCAGCUUCCUGCACCAAACUGGACAGAACUCGCAAAUCUUAUAAACAACUGUAUGGAUUAUGAGCCAGACUUCAGGCCUUCAUUCAGGGCCAUAAUACGAGAUCUUAACAGUUUGUUUACUCCAGAUUAUGAGCUACUGACAGAAAGUGACAUGUUGCCAAACAUGAGAAUUGGUGCUCUUGGAUUCUCUGAGGCUUUUCAAGACCGUGACCCAACACAAUUUGAAGAAAGACACCUUAAGUUCUUACAACAACUUGGCAAGGGUAAUUUUGGCAGUGUUGAGAUGUGCCGGUAUGACCCACUCCAAGACAACACUGGGGAGGUGGUGGCUGUGAAAAAGCUACAGCACAGCACUGAAGAGCACCUGCGAGACUUUGAAAGGGAAAUUGAAAUCCUUAAAUCCCUGCAGCAUGAGAACAUUGUUAAAUACAAAGGAGUGUGCUAUAGUGCUGGACGCAGAAAUCUGAGGUUGAUAAUGGAAUAUUUACCAUAUGGAAGUUUACGUGACUAUCUCCAGAAACACAAGGAGAGGCUGGAUCAUAAGAAACUUUUACUGUAUACGUCUCAGAUCUGCAAGGGCAUGGAGUAUCUGGGCACAAAAAGGUAUGUUCACCGAGAUCUGGCAACAAGAAAUAUCUUAGUGGAGAAUGAGAACAGAGUUAAAAUUGGAGACUUUGGAUUGACAAAAGUCUUGCCACAAGACAAAGAAUACUACAAAGUAAAAGAGCCUGGGGAAAGCCCUAUAUUUUGGUAUGCUCCUGAAUCAUUGACAGAAAGCAAGUUUUCUGUGGCAUCAGAUGUAUGGAGCUUUGGUGUGGUCCUGUAUGAACUCUUCACAUAUAUUGAAAAGAGUAAAAGUCCUCCAGCGGAAUUUAUGCGCAUGAUUGGUAAUGAUAAACAGGGACAAAUGAUUGUAUUCCAUUUGAUCGAGCUUUUGAAGAGUAAUGGACGACUCCCAAGACCAGACGGGUGCCCUGAUGAGAUAUAUGCCAUCAUGAGAGAAUGCUGGAACAACUAUGUAAACCAGCGUCCCUCGUUUAGGGACCUUGCCCUGCGAGUGGAUCAUAUAAGGGACAACAUGGGUGGAUGAGAGAAUUUCCAUUCGUUCAGCAGACAUGUUGAAACACAGAACAAAACUUUGUUCUUUGGUUUGCUGUGGAUUAUUGACACAUUCACACACAUCCAUCCAUCUUUGGUCUGAGCAAAAUCUGUGUGAAAGUAUCCUGCCAGAAUCUGCAAACUGAGGAAUUCUGUUCAUUUUCUUCAUCAGAUUACAUUUUCUACUAUGAGAAGACACCAAUGAAAAACUUUAAUAGAAAGGGGACUUAUUUUUGUAAACAAAACAGCAUACCUAUUAUGUGAUCGUUCAGCAUCACCAUUAUUUGCCUUACUUGGCAAUGCAAAAAAAAAAAUUACUUACCAAUAUGGUGAGGAUUUUAGAAAUGAGAAGACCGAAUGCAUUUCCUGGCAGACAGACGUACACAGAAUAUAUAUUUUUGUCUUUUCACACUGAAUGUAUAGCAUCUUGUCAUCCUGUUUAGUGUAUUGCACAAGGGCUUGUAUCUCAUAAUUUGUUGCUGUCAUUGCAGGAAUAGCUUUACUAGAGAACAAAUUGAAGGUGGUUAGAUAACUAAGAAGCUUCUAAUGUGCCUGUUUGAGCCCUUUAUUGUUCAGCAAUAUACGUAAAGGUAUUCAUCAGGUAGUUUGUAUGAUGUACUGUAAAUAUUUUAAGGGAAAGGGAACAAAUAUUUAGAUUUGGGCAGCCUGCAACCCUCCUCCACCUGAAAAUGACAUUUUGUAAUGAACUCGUGAAAAUUUAGCACAGCUUAUUUUUCUCUUUUCCCUCCGGUGCCUAUUGUGGAAGUGUUGGGUUCCCUCCCUGUUUUAUGAAGGUACAGACAGCAACUAGAACUGAAGCUGCCUCCAAUAAAGCAGUGACUUCUGUUUACCAUUUCUUAGAAUAAGGAUGCUAAAUAUAUAGUUAACCCUUUUACAUGCUGCUUUUUCCCCUUUCCAUCUGUAUAACCUCCAGGGAGUGAUAGGUUUAACUCUAAAUAGGAGUUUUGCCUUGGGGUUGAACUAAAGAUAGAAAGCACCCUCCACAACCCCUUUCCCCAAUCCAAAGAAAAGGGUUUACAAUAAAACUCCUUGCAUGGCCAGCCAUCAUCUUGCCAGGACUAUUUUCUGAUGAAGCUACACCAUCCCAUCUCAUAUUUUCUGCUGAUGGUAAAACCCAGGGAAGUGGGGUUAGGCAGAAAAUCCCAACAAGACUCCACAGUCAGUCAAGUGGCCAGGGCUAUCCGGACACAGGGGUGCCUGUUGCCUGUGUGCAAGGUGUGUGUCUGACAGCCUGAGCUUAUUAAAGAUCUCUGCAGGAAAGGUAAUACAACUCCAGGCUGAAAUACCCUGAGUAUUGAGUGUCCCAAUGUGUAAAGAUCAGGGGGAAUAAGUGCUGUUGUCUCUAGGUGUAAAUCAGACUGAUGUUUCAGAACUUAAGCCAUAUGAUUCUACUUGCUCUCAUAAAAUAGAGUACUUUGUACCUUGUUUGAAUCUCUUUGUUUGGCUAGUUCACCCUACAUUUUUGAUGAGAGAAGCUUGUUUUAGGGGCCUUGUAAUUCAGCAAAGUGCUUUUGCAUCCAAGUAGAAUAUUCAUUUUAAAAUGAAUCGGCAGUGAGUGAAUGAAACAGCAAUUAUUCAUAAACAUGUAAGGUGCACAGUAGUGAUGUCAUAAUGUACAUUUAAUAGGAAUAUUUUAAAAUUUACCUCAGUUUUAAAAAUGCUUACCCAGUGUUCAGUUUAAAACAGUGCCAGUAUGAGCAAGCUCCAUACCACUUGGGAAUUCUUUCCUUGAUCCUUACUCAGGCAAAACUCACCUUAACUUACUGGAGAGAGGUUUUGUCAGAGUAAGAGGUCAGCAUAAGUUCCUCUAUUCUGAAUAUUGGAUCUGAUAGUAAUUUAUAUCUGUUGUCAAAAAGUUUGAAACACUUGCAUUUUUAAAAAGUAACUUUAAGUUGCAAAUAACUUUAAAGUUCUUUGUCCAAAGCAAUGCUUCUUAUUGCAUUUCUGUACAUUGCUUUGGAGUCUGUUUCAAAAUGAGCUUGUGGAAAGAGAUGUCUUUGCAUUUGUAGAGUCAUAACUUGGUGUAUUGUUUUUUGUAACAAAACAAAAUAGAGCUUUACAAGCAUUAAUACAGCAUUAUAGCUGGGAAAACAUACAGAAACAAAUCGAAAAAUGCAGUGUAUAACACUCGGUAACAAAUAGGUUUCCAAGAAAUACUAGAUGGAAUAUAAUUUAUGUAAAAUUUAAAAAAACCUCAGGGAAGUUUGUGUAAUGCAAUGAAGAGAUCUUCCAUUCUGCUAUAUUUUUCAAGAGAAUAAGACAUCCUGUUUGUUCUACUAUAGUCUGAUUUAAUUUCAUACACUUUGAUUUAAUAACUGUAGUGUUAGAAUAUAAAAGGAUGAAGAUUUUUGAAGUUCUGUAUUAUUUUAUUAGAUGCUUUUUAAAAGAUGUUUUUGUUUGUUGUUUGUUUUCUUGUUUUUUUUGUAAUGUUCCAUCAUUUUUUAGACAAUGCUUUAACUUUACGAAGCAGUCAAAUUUUGUUCUCUCUAUUGGACAGGGACAAAAUAACCCAUUAUAACAACUCUCUGUAAGGCAUGAAUAUGGCAUGUUGAGCAUCCCCAGCUCAAUAAAUAGGAGCAAGCGGUGCUUAGCAACUCCAAGAGUUGUACAGAUCUUGUAAGAUUUUCAGUUCUGUGGUAUAUAUGUUUAGUUCUAUGUAUGGACAAAAAUCACACGUUUUUCAAAUAACUAUUUGGUUGUUUUUCAAGACGAUACACACGUAGUGACUUUGCUAGACUUAAUGCCAAAUGUAGUAAACUUUUGAAAUUAAUGCACUUCAGAAUUAAGUUCUUAUGAGAGUUACAGUAGCUCUGUAUAUACUGUGGUAUUUUUUUACAUUAGUCUUUGAAUUAACAGAUAAGUCAUAAUGAUUUUAAAGUUGGUAUUCACUUUUUGUCACAUUUUCUUGUUAUUUAUAUGCUACCAAAAUGCUGUGAUUUGUUGUGAAAAAUUCUGUGUCCUACAAAUACAUGACUGCUGCUAUAAAGUAAAGUGACGUUUAUUACAGCUACUGCUUCAGAUUUUUUAUUAAAGAAAAUAAUUUUACUAUAAAGGAAUUGUUUAUCGUUCAAAGUCUUUACAAACAAAUGUUUUUUAUUUCCUAAUGUAAUACUGGUCUGUGGUCCACUAGUUGUGAAUAUGUUGAGCUUCAAAAUCAUUCUUAAAUGUAUUCCACAAAGUUGCAACAGUCAUGUAAUAAACAAGAGGAAAGAGUUUUCAGACAGCUAUAACCUAACCUGAAAGGAAGAAAACUAGCAGCUUGUAAGAGCUUGGACAAAUCACAGUAUCUAAGAAACGCUUCCAUAGUUUUCAGAUACUAAUUACUGUAUAGCCCUAUGAAUAUAACUGUACCAACAUAUUUCAAAAAUAUUAAAAUUAUUUUUAAAAAUAAAAGUUUCUUCUAAUUUUUGGA